CACCCAGCAGCCGAGCCGCUGAGGCUGAAUCACAUGAUGAUUAUGCUAGCUAGUGAGCUAACGUGCUAAGUUCGGUUGUCAAAGCUGCUGUCAACAGCCACAAACGGACGGAGUGGCAUACCCCAACUAACAAGUAGUUGAACACUCGUCAAGUAAACACAUUUUGCCAUGUGUGAUGCACUCUAUGAAAACAUGUUCAUGGACAAAGGUGACUGGCUGAUAAGAUGCAGGGGACAUUGGACUUGUGCAGACAGAUCAGUGUGGGGAUGACAUGAGAAAAGGACAUGUCUUCUUUCCUACUCGCUGUCUUCAAGAUAUCGAGUCAUUAAACUUCCGCCCAAUAACUCACUGGGAUUUUGGCAUCCUCAAGACUCAUCACGCAAGCAAAUACUCCAUCAACUCAGGAAUAUUGACAGAAUGAGGUUGUGGACUCACAUGGCCAGGAUGGGUAGACGAUAAAUAAGACAUCAACUUCAGAGGUACAAGUGGAUUUCGUAAUGACAAGCUGCUGUGCAGAAGAUGUCCACGUUGUCUGUGACUGAUAUCCCAGAUGUUGGUCAUGAUGAGAGUAAGGUGUUUGACGGGGCCUCUGAGCUGCAGCUGGACUGCUUGGUUGAGGAGAGCAGUGGAAGCACCACAAUGAAGCACGACGGCCUGCUGUCGCUGGCUGACCUCUCCCAGCCAGAUGACUUCCCCGCCACCCCCCUUAAUGGCCCUUUACUGACUGACAUGAGUAGCCCUCUGCAGGUCGAGCCGGGGGACAUUAAGCUGGACCCAUCUGCAGGUGACACAUCUGCUGCCAGCAUAGAUGGUCAGCCAGUGAAGAGAAAGAAGGGGCCUGCGCCAAAAAUGCUGGGCAAUGAGGUGUGCAGCGUAUGUGGCGACAAGGCCUCUGGUUUCCAUUACAACGUGUUGAGCUGCGAGGGCUGCAAGGGCUUCUUUCGACGCAGCGUCAUUAAAAGUGCCCAGUACAACUGCAAGAACAACGGCCGCUGUGAAAUGGACAUGUACAUGCGGCGCAAGUGCCAGCAGUGCCGCCUGCGCAAGUGUCGGGAGGCGGGCAUGCUGGAGCAGUGUGUGCUUUCUGAGGAGCAAAUCCGACUGAAGAAGAUGAAAAAGCAGCACGAGGAGGAAACGGCCCGCACAUCCACAGUGGUCACCCCCACUCCUCCACAGGAAACGGCCGCACUGGAUCCACAGCAGCAGGACAUGAUUGAGAAGCUGGUGUCCAUGCAGAAGCAAUGCAACAAAAGGUCUUUCCUUGACCGACCGAAAGUGACGCCGUGGCCACAGAGUCAGGACAUGCAGAACCGAGAAGUGCGUCAGCAGCGGUUCGCCCACUUCACUGAGCUUGCAAUCAUGUCAGUCCAGGAGAUUGUGGAUUUCGCUAAACAGCUUCCUGGUUUCCUGGAGCUCACGAGGGAGGACCAGAUUGCUCUGUUGAAGACGUCGACCAUUGAGAUUAUGCUGCUAGAGACAUCUCGGCGGUACAACCCAGCUAUCGAUAGCAUUACGUUUCUGAAGGAUUUCAGCUAUAAUAAGGAGGAUUUCGCCAAAGCAGGGCUUCAGUUUGAGUUCAUAAACCCCAUCUUUGAGUUUUCAAAAGGAAUGAAUGACCUACACCUGGACGAAGCAGAAUACGCCCUGCUCAUCGCCAUCAACAUCUUUUCUGCAGAUCGGCCAAACGUGCAGGACCAUGAGCUGGUGGAGAGGCUGCAGCAGCCCUACGUGGACGCGUUGCGCUCUUACAUCAUGAUAAAGAGAUCAAAUGAUCAUUUGAUGUUUCCCCGCAUGCUGAUGAAGUUGGUGAGCCUUCGUACACUAAGCAGCGUCCACUCGGAGCAGGUUUUUGCCCUUCGCCUCCAGGACAAGAAGCUCCCCCCGCUGCUCUCUGAAAUCUGGGACGUCAAUGAGUGACCGCAAACCUGAUAUCCCACUCUUCCUGAAGCCUGAGAGGGACACGGCAUCCAGCAGGACCACUGACUCCUUUCUGCCCAUCUGGUCAGGGAUUGGUUAUAGCGUUGAGAGUUUUUAUUUUUAUUUUUUUCUCUCGUGGGAGGAGAGCACCAUUGCCCAAUGCUCUGAAACGGACUGCUAAAUGGGUUUGUGUGUUCGUGAGGAGGAACAUCAACACCUAAUUGUCUUUUUGUUGUUCUUACUUUUGUGUAGAUGCUGACAUGAUCAUGGCGAUGUUAAACACCAGCAUCGGGCUCUUUAGCCAGUCUUCUUAGAUAUAAUAUUUGUUGAAGGGGAACUAUGCAGUUUUUUUUUAGCUUAAUUUACCUUAACAGCUUCGGAGACAUUGGAAUGGUUAGAUGACUUUUUUUUUUUCGAGUUGAAUGGUGGCCGUCUCGCUCCCUCCCCCCUAGCGCCUAUGAGCGGAAAAACCACCCUUGCAACCUUUGGCCGGCGGGCCACCGGCCUCAGCGUCAGGAAGUAUCGCGUGAUAUCAGGUCUUGCGAUGUAACGAAUUGCAUUAGGCACUGCACACAUACAGCAACCGGCUAGCUAUAAGAACAUGGUAGCGAUGGAGUUUUUCACACUACCUAAAGCAUUGUCGGAGGAACAGAGUGCAGAGGAAACGGCAGACUGGCCGAGCGAGUUUUUACAACAUUGUUGCCAAAUAUCUAUUCCAAAGCUGUAGGGGGAGCUCUAUAGAGAAACCUGCGAGCAAAAAGCGAAGAGAUUGCCAAAACUGCAUAGCGCCCCUUUUAAAAGUUAUGUCAAUUUCUAGUGCAGUUCUAUACUCAUCCUCUAAAUGCUUAUAAUCUGAGCAGGUCUUGGCUGUGGCUGCUUCAAACGUCAGGAUUACAGCUGCACAUUUGGUUGAAAUAGUGAUCUUUGCAGUCGUGCAAUAGGUGGAAAUAGAUGCCGAGUUAAGCAUGAGCAGACGCACAUCUGCUGUUUACUUUAUUGAUGUUAGGGUAAAAUGGUAGGCCAUCUGGUUGGUGUUGUGCAUUGUGGUGUGGCAACAAAUAGUUUGUUCCUUUUUGGAGUAAGUGCAGAAAUCAAAAGGUUUGUGUAGUCGCUCAGGUAAAGUUACGGAAGUAGACCUCUCGGAAUCGGAGGCUUCUUUAAUUUCCAUUCGAUUACUUUAGUUUCCUUCCAAGUGCAUAAGGGACCUUUUUGGUCAUUUAUAGAUUCAUCCAUUAACGGUCAGAUCCAUUAACUUUCAUGUAAUUUGUAUAUUUAUUUUCACAAGAAAAAUGUAUAGAGUGCACACAUAGAUUGUACAAUCACAUACUAAUGCACAAAUAAGUAAAACUCUGCAGAAUGUGCCCUCAUUUACAGGAAACAGUCUUUUUUACACAUAGCACAGGUACCUUGAAAUGGGCGAUACUAAUGUGUCUUCAAAUUCCAUGUAAAGGUUAAGUGUAAAAAAGAAAGUAUGUCAAGCUACCAUCUCUGUGACCUUCUUAACAAAAUGAAUAAAAAUCCAUCCUGACACAGUUGUAUUCUGAAUCAAAAUAGAAAAACAAUUGCCUCUAUUAACACCUUUUUUCGUCACGUUUGUGAGAUGUACUAUUAUUGAUUUCAUUACAAAGCAGUUCGGUUAUGUUCAUAUUUUGAUUUGUUUUAUCACUAUCAUUUAAAGUUGUGAGAAAUGUAUAAGUAACAUACAUAUAGUUUGAACAUAUGGAGAGUUUGACUUCCUUUUUUAUUUUUGAUAAUACUGUAUGAAUGCCACUGAGGAAAACGUGUACAGUAUAGCUGAAUAUCGGGUGGAAAACUUCUCUUGAUCUAAAGGUCUACCAUGGUCCGAGUAUCUUCCUUGAACAGGUACUCGACGCCACACAGCUUUAACUGGUCAGAUUUUGGAAAGCCUCUCUAAGAAAAAAAUAUAUACCAAAAUCUUUAUCGACAGGGAGCAGAGAACAACAGGAAAUGAGUAGAAACAUUAACAUUUGGUGUACUCAUGCUGUUUUUUUCCAUGCGUUCUCCUGUGCAGUGUAAACUUGAUAUGCAUAACGGAUGAUAAAGAAAUGUCAAUGCAAAAUUA